GAGAAGGCGAGCAUUGUGAGUGAAGUGCUUCUGUGAGUGGAGAAAGAUGGGGAGAGUUUCCAAGGGUUUUGGGCUUCUGGGUCUUGUGUUUUUGGCAGUCAUUGCCGAGGGGAGGUUCCUUGAGAAGGAUAACUUCCUCGGAGGUGGCGGUCUUGGUGGUGGUGGUGGGUUUGGCGGAGGAGCUGGUGGCGGCUUGGGAGGUGGUUUAGGUGGUGGAGCUGGUGGUGGUUUAGGUGGUGGUGCAGGUGGUGGUCUAGGAGGUGGAGCUGGUGGUGGUUUAGGUGGCGGUGCCGGUGGUGGUUUAGGUGGCGGUGCUGGUGGUGGUCUAGGAGGUGGCGCUGGUGGCGGUCUUGGAGGUGGCGCUGGUGGUGGUUUAGGUGGGGGUGCAGGUGGCGGUCUAGGUGGUGGUGCUGGUGGUGGUCUUGGAGGAGGAGCUGGUGGUGGGCUUGGAGGAGGAGCUGGUGGUGGUCUUGGCGGUGGUGCCGGUGGUGGCCUUGGUGGCGGUGCUGGUGGCGGUCUAGGAGGAGGCGCUGGUGGUGGCCUUGGAGGAGGAGCUGGUGGUGGUCUUGGCGGUGGUGCUGGAGGUGGCCUUGGUGGCGGUCUAGGAGGAGGCGCUGGUGGUGGUUUAGGUGGCGGUGCUGGUGGUGGGCUCGGUGGAGGAGCUGGUGGUGGAGCCGGUGGUGGAUUCGGAGGUGGUGCAGGUGGAGGUUUAGGAGGAGGGUUUGGAGCUGGAAAAGGAGUUGGAUUUGGUGGAGGAGCUGGAGGUGGAGGUGGUGCUGGUGGUGGUGGAGGAUUUGGAGGAGGAGCUGGUGGAGGUUUUGGAGGUGGUGCCGGUGGUGGAUUCGGUGGUGGCGCCGGUGGUGGCUUUGGAGGUGGAGCUGGCGGUGGUGGAGGCUUUGGAGGAGGAGCUGGAGGUGGCUUUUGAAUUUCCGGACGCAGAAUGAUGCUUAAUUAUAUUUCAUAUAACAGCCAGAGUAUGCCUUGUAAUGGUUCAUAAUGCUAUUGUUUGCAGUGUUCAAAUAAGUGCCAAAGGCCAAGUCCCCUUAGUUGAAGAGUUAUUUGAUAUAGCAAACUACCUAUCGAUGUCAAAUGCCGAGUCUAUUCAGUCCCUCUUGAAUUGUAAAACUACGUAUUCCUAUCU